ACACUUCUUAUUAAAAAUAAUAAAUUCGUUCUUCAAAAUGUGAUUAAUCAAUUUAACCUGGUUUAUCAUGAAUUUAGUCAAUAAUCCUAUUCUUCUUCCAUUUAGUUGAAGAAAAAAAGCUUUGCGGUGAUAUUUUCAAGGUGGGCCCUCCAAUAAAAAUGGGGACAAGCACUCAACGUCAUUGUUUCAAACCUUGGGGCCAUCACCUAAUCUUCUGCAGUCAAGCCACGUUGGUCACCCAAACUGAAGGUCGCGUCCUCCUCCUCUCUCUCUCUCAGGAGCACGAACUUUUUUCAGCAUUUCCCUCUCAGAUCGCCAUGGAUAAAGGACAAAGUCAGAGAAAGAGAAAGAGAGCACAGAAAGAGAGCACCGAGGGAGCAUCCACUUCUUCGUUCAUCUCUCCAAAACUCAUAGGACAAGGUGACGAUGCAUACGAUGUAUUCUUGAGCUUUAGAGGCUCAGAUACUCGUAAGGAAUUCACCGAUCACCUCUACAAUAGACUGGUCAAUACAGGGACUGUGCCUAUUUUUGUGUUCAAGGAUGAUAAGAGCAUCCCAAUUGGUGAGGAUUUUAGUUCACAAAUUCUUGGUGCCAUCUCACGAUCUAAGAUUUCGAUCCCCAUCAUCUCCGAAAAUUAUGCUACUAGUAAAUGGUGCCUUCGUGAGCUCAUCCAUAUGAUGGACUGCAAGAAUAGUGGGUCACACAUAGUGUUGCCAAUUUUUUACAAAGUUAAACCAGCAGAUGUGCGGCAUCUAAAAGGAAAUUUUGGGGAUGCCUUCCGUUCGAGUCAGAAGUAUUUUGAUGAGAAGGUUAUCCAGGAAGGGCCGCAAGCACUUAAAGAAGUGAGUGACUUACAGGUGUGGGAGUCCGAGAAAUUUGCUAAUGGGUACGUCACAGGACUUUUCUUUGGUCAAAAAAAGGUUCUGAGCAAAUUGCAACAAGACUUUCAGCUUAAUGUUACUAAGCACUUAGUUGGAUUUGAGGAUCAUGUGAGCAAAAUCAGGAAUUGGGUAGACACUCCUGCCAGUGUUGCUCGAAUGAUUGGAAUCUAUGGCAUGGGUGGGAUUGGAAAAACAACUCUAGCCAAAUCAAUCUACAACCAGUUGUUGGAUGGAUUUGUACAUCAUAGCUUCCUUGCUAAUAUUCGAGAAACGGCUCAAUGCAGUGGUAUUCCUUAUCUACAAAAUCAACUAAUUGAGGAAGUACUUCAAAUCGAAUGUCAAAUUCGGAAUGUUGACCAUGGAAUUAGUUUGAUCAGAUCUAAAUUCAAAGGAAAAAAAGUGCUCAUUCUUCUGGAUGAUAUAGAUAACAAAAAGCAACUAGAUGCUUUGGCUGGAGAGCGUAACUGGUUUAUGAGUGGAAGUAUUAUCAUUGUUACAACAAGAAAUAAAGCUAUUCUUGAUCAAUCUGAAAUUGAGAUAGACUACCCAUAUGAAUUGAAUGGAUUGGAUGAGGAGCAUUCUUUGCUUUUAUUAAAGAGACAUGCAUUUCGUACGGAUUGUUGUCCAACAGAAUUUGAGGAUAUCUCUUGUGAAAUCAUAAUCACCAUGGGUGGGCUACCCUUAGCUAUUGAGGUCGUUGGUUCAUACUUGUUUAAAAAAACAAAGCUAAAUGUAUGGAUAGAUGUGUUGAAGCAAUUGAAAGAACAACCACAUGAAGAUGUCCAAGCCAUAUUGCGGAUAAGUUAUGAUGCAUUAAAAGAAGGACAUAAGCAGAUUUUUCUUGAUAUUGCUUGUUUCGUUAUCAGGGAAGAGAUCAAAUUCGCAAUGUACAUGUGGGAGGACUGUGGGUUUUGUCCAAGUCAAGGAAUAGAAGAAUUGGUACUGAGGUGCUUAAUAAAAAUUGAAAAUGAUGACAAGUUAUGGAUGCAUGAUCAAUUGAGAGAUCUUGGAAGGAGCAUUUUUUGCCAAGGACAAUCACCUAAAAGAUAUAUUGAACCAUGGAUCGGCAAAGAAACCUUCGGAGAACAAAUACUAGGAAAGCGUUUCAGGAGUGAGUUCGAUUAUUGGCCUAGUGGUUGUUCCUUUACUUGCACAAGUGAACUGUUUAAAAACAUACCGAGCUCAAGCUUCCUUCCAUUAUGUUGGACGACCAUAAGUGGAGACUUUAAUGAAUUGUUGCCUGAAUUAAGAUGGCUUCAGUGGUUAUACAUUGAACCCGAUAUAAUUUCUUCAGCAACCAAUUUGCAUCUAUCUAAAUUAGUGGUGCUGGAAUUGUCACGAAACAAGCUUACAGAUGAUUGGGGAGGAUGGAGUUCAAUCAUGGUGGCAAAGCAACUAAAAGUUCUCAACCUUUCAUAUAGUUGGGAGUUAAGAUAUACUCCUAAUCUCUCGGCUUUCACGAAGUUGGAGAUUCUCAUCUUGUCCAAUUGUUACAAAUUGAAGCAAGUCGACCCUUCUAUUGGCAAACUCAAGAGCCUCAUUUCUUUGGACUUGUGUUAUUCUAAUAAUCUGAAAGAGCUACCAGAAGAAGUGGGGGAAUUGCAAGAACUAAAAGAACUCCUUUUAAAUUCUAUUGGCAUUACAAAGAUUCCUAUGUCAGUCUGUUCUCUGAGGAAGCUAGAGUAUCUAGUUAUCGAAUCUUGUUGUUCAUUGGUUGAAAUCCCUCUCGUAAUUGGGAAUCUUUAUUCUCUCAAACAACUUGAUCUACGGAUGUGCAAGUCAUUGAUAGGAAUCCCUAGCUCAAUUGGGAAUCUUUCUUCUCUCGAACAACUUAAUCUAUGGGAUUGCAAGUUAUUGACAGAAAUUCCUAACUCAAUUGGGAAUCUUUCUUCUCUUGAACAACUUAAUCUAGGGAGUUGCGAGUCAUUGACAGAAAUUCCUAACUCAAUUGGGAAUCUUUCUUCUCUCAAACAACUUGAUCUAGGGAGUUGCAAGUCAUUGACAGAAAUCCCUAGCUCAAUUGGGAAUCUUUCUUCUCUCGAACAACUUGAUCUAGGGAGUUGCAAGUCAUUGACAAAAAUCCCUAGCUCAAUUGGGAAUCUUUCUUCUCUCGAACAACUUGAUCUAGGGAGUUGCGAGUCAUUGACAGAAAUCCCUAGCUCAAUUGGGAAUCUUUCUUCUCUUGAAAAACUUAAUCUAAGGUAUUGCAAGUCAUUGAUAGAAAUUCCUAACUCAAUUGAGAAUCUUUCAUCUCUCAAAAAACUUAAUCUAGGGUUUUGCCGGUCAUUGACAGAAAUCCCUAGCUCAAUUGGGAAUCUUUCUUCUCUCAAACAACUUAAUCUAUGGUAUUGCGAGUCAUUGACAGAAAUCCCCAGCUCAAUUGGAAAUCUUUCUUUUCUUAAACAACUAGUCAUUGACAGAAAUCCCUAG